AUGCCUGACAACAUCUCUGCGCCGCCGUCGGUCAAAUUGACACCGAGACUCGCCUGCAUGCCCGUCGAGAUCCUCGAGAACAUCCUCGUCCUCACCAUCCCGGAACAAGUCACCAUCACGCUAAAGCAUCGACGUUCAAUGGCGUACCAGACGUACGGUAUGAAAUGGUACGACUUGCCCAUCUGGCAAUUUCAGAACUGGCCGAACUGGGUCACUAGCUACUGGAUCAAAGAUCUGUCAGCCUGGAAGUGCACCGACUCCAGCCUUCUUCUCGUUUCAAGACGUAUCCGCCAGACUGCGUUGAAGAUAUUCUUCCAGCACGUCGAGUUCGAGUACUUCACCAGGGGAAAAGCUCAGACGUUAGAAUUUGGGGAUGACAUGGUCAAGACAGAGAUCCGGGAGCAUCUUGAGAAGAUGUUUGCGGGAGAGAACGUCUAG